CCUGGAUGAUUGGUUGCAGACAGUAGCAACUCCCUCGCUGUGGAGACGGCGGGCUACGCAAUCCUGGCCAUGAUGGCCAAUCCCGAGAGGUACCUACUGGACGCGAGGAAGAUUGUCAAGUGGAUCACCACCAAGAGGAACGGAUACGGAGGCUUCUACUCCACGCAGGACACAAUAGUGGCCCUGCAAGCCCUGGCCAUUUACGAGACCAACACGUAUGAGGGGAAGAUUGAUCUUUUGGCCACAGUGACAUCCUUCAGCUUCCGCGAAUCGGAGAAGAUCCAACAAACGCAGCAGUUCCAACAGUCACAACAGUUGCAGUUCAAGCGGUCCGUACCCACUGUCGGUAAUCUUGUCCACGAAUUCACCAUUAAUGAGGAUAACAAACUUCUGCAGCAACAAGUGAAUCUUCCGGAGUUCCCCACCUACGUGAAGAUCACCAUGGAGGGGCAGGGAUGCGCCGUGAUGCAGGCUGUCCUUCGCUACAACAUUCCCAACGCCGAGCCAAGCGACGCUUUCAGCCUCAAGGUCGACGCUGACAACGCCCCCGGGAGAGAAUGCAACCGUAAGCGAAUCCGCGCCUGCUCCGCCUACCUCCUGCCGGACGGCGAGUCCAAUAUGGCUGUCAUCGAAGUGAACCUCAUAUCCGGCUUCAUCCCUGUGAAGGACGACCUGAAGGCCGUCUUGUGGCGAAACCCCACGGUCGUGAAGCGCUACGAGGUGGACGGCAGCAAAGUGUCCUUCUACAUCGAGGAGUUCACGGCGGAGGAGGUGUGCGUCACCUUCAACAUUUUGCGCGAGGUGAAGGUCGAGAACACCAAGCCAGGAACCGUGGUCGUCUACGACUACUACGAGCCCGAGUUCGCCGUCAGUACGACAUACGCCUUCCCGUACCUCGAAGGGUGCGAUUGAUGAGACACGAGUGCUUCUUCGCCAUUCGACACGCAAACAGACACACACACACACACACACACACACACACACACACACACACACACACACACACACACACACACACACACACACACACACACACACACACACACACGGACGCACAAACACGCGCACGCAUAUAAACGCGCACGCACACUCACGAACACACAUACACACAAAUACAAAUACAGACACACAAGCAUAACUGCCAGUUUGAUAAACAAAUCAGAAUAUCACUGCUUUAGCAAAUAAAGUUAUUCAAGCACA